AUGAAUCCCAACGACCCAGCGAAAUCGUCGUAUUCUUCGCCUCUCUACGGCUACUCUCUAAAGAAAGUCUCAGAACCCAACCCAGGUCUUCAGCUGCCUUACUUCGAGGACGUAUUCUCUCGCAGACCAAUCUACGACAUUAUCCUAUCAUGUCUCGACAUUGCCGACCUGAUUCGUCUAGGUCGUACCUCUAAGGUCGCCCGUGCAGCCCUCGCUGAGCACUCUAUCAGAGCUUACAACAUAAAUCGCCAUCUUCGUUGCUUCUUCGACGACCCGUUAUCGUUCCGAUCUUUGCAAGCCCGUACGGGCUCACUUAUCUCGGGGUCGAACGCGCUUCAGUUCCUGGAUAGGAGCUUCUACCCUGGCUCAGAUUUAGACGUUUAUGUUCAUCCAGGGCAUACGCUUGAGGUUGGGAAUUGGUUGAUGAACGAGGAGGGCUAUACGUUUGUGCCAAAGAAUUUGCAGGAGCUUGGGUCGACAUUCGAGGAAAAUGUGGAGGAGUGGGACCCUUUUCAGAGAAGGUAUAAUGAGGAGGAAGACGCCUCUUCCUAUCGUGGGCAGGUCUAUAGGUUCUCUGGAGUAUUCCAUGUCUACUCCUUUGAGAAAAAGGAGGUGCGAAAGGUGCAGAUUGUAGAGGCGAGGGAGUCUGCUUUCACGACGAUUCUGAGCUUCCACUCGACGUGCGUUAUGAACCUCAUAUCCUUCGACACGGCUUAUUCCCUCUAUCCUCGUGCCACGUUCAAAGAAAGGCGCAUGCAGUUGAUGCGAGAAAUCACACCCGAGGAAGUCAAGGCCAUUUCCAAAUACGGCCGUCGAGGUUUCCAAAUCGCAGCGACCUAUUUAUGGCCCUACGCCGGCAGUGAUCCCUGCCUCGUGCUCGAUACCGUCCGCAACGUUAACGAUCGCUUUACUUGGCGCGUCGCUCUCGACACCACCGGCGUCGAUCCGCGUUCCAAGCUCACCCCGACCUCUAACGUGAUGAAGACGGACCCCGUCGUCCAGAACACAUGGGAAAUGUGCCAUCUGCGCGGGGACAAUCUCACGAUCACUUAUUUCGCGGUGAAGAGCACGCUGUUGAGGUAUAACUAUGUGGUGGCGGAGAACGAUUAUCUAUUGCAAUUGGUGAAUUGGUUGCGAGUGCAAGGGUUCUAUGAGCAUGAGAAGGUGGAAGGAUUGAGCGGUGAAGAGAAAAUCAAUGCCUGGACGUGGUGCGUUUACUUCACAUCAGUAUCAGUCCCGCUGGCGCCGACUAUAAUCACCGAGUGUUUGUGA